AUGGCAGUCUUGUUUGUGGCGGUUGUGUUCCUUGGUCUUAUCUAUGCAUCUUUAAUAUCGAUGGUUUCUUCACAAUCCAUUGCUCCGGCUCCUGCUCCCACGAGUGAUGGCACAUCAAUUGACCAAGCAAUAGCAUAUGUUCUAAUGUUGUUGGCCUUGGUUCUCACUUACAUCAUGCAUUAA